GGCAUCCCGUCGAUACUAAACAAUACAGCGAAGGAAACUUUUCUCAGUACAGCGAGUUUGUUUGAAGUUUCAUGUGCGUGACUUUCUAACUGCGUCAUAAUCACCUGUUUAUCGUACUGUUUUGAUUGCUAAUGGUGUUCAAUCCGAUCGCUAUGUCUGAAACCAAAUCAUUUAAGGAAAGAAGAAGCUUUUCACAAAGGAAGAGAGAUGUGGAACAAAUUCGUGAGCAGCAUCCAAAUAAAAUUCCUGUGAUAAUUGAAAGAUAUUAUGGUGAAAAACUGCUUCCAUUAUUAGACCGAAGUAAAUUUUUAGUUCCUGAUCAUAUCACAGUUGGUGAGCUUAGCAACAUCAUACGGAGACGAUUGCAACUCCAUCCUAAUCAAGCCUUUUUUUUACUUGUCAAUCAGCGUAGUAUGGCCAGUGUUUCUAUGACAAUGUCUGAUCUCUAUGCCAGGGAAAAAGAUGAAGAUGGAUUUCUGUAUAUUAUUUUUGCAUCGCAAGAAGGGUUUGGCUAUGAAUCAUAAAAUUGCUUUGCGUCCUUGUAAACUUUCUGACACUUUGUCUAUACCAUAAAUGUUAGUUACUUAUUGGUAUUUUAUCAAUGCAUACUUUUAUUAUUUAUUGUUUUUUUUGAUAAUAGGAUGGUGAUAUUUCCUAAAGUACUAAAUGUUUUAAAUGACAUUUAUUUGAAUAUAAGUUGCUACUUUAGUGAUUGAUUAUUAAUCAAUUGAAUCUGAAGUCGUCGUUUGCUAUAUUUUGUAGGUUUGGAUAGUGUUUCACAAACUUUAUUUUUGCCAAAACUUUAAUAACUUAUUAAAUGGUGUUGUCGACCUGAAAUAAAAUUUGAACAGUAAGGUAGCUUUAUAUUCUUGAUAUUAGUGUUUAUUUAAAUGAAAUGGUUUUUGCUUAAUUUUUUGUCUGGUAUGUGAUGAUGUAAUCAUACUGUGCAUAUAUAUAAAAUGCUUAUGUACUGUGAAUCUUGUGUAUACGAAUAAGAAUGAUGCAUAAACUUUAUGGAUGAUGCUGUGGAUAGUGUAUAUUUUUUAUAUUUGUGUGCUAAUACCUAGAACGUGUGUUAGAUCAUUCUGUAAAUAUGCGUUUUGUGUUUUUUUUAAUUAUAUGCUGUGCACUUUGAUGUGAUAAGGCACUUAAUUGUAAGUAAAUCUCUUUUCCUGUUUAAAAUAAGCAUUUUAUAUUUCAGCUAAUAGUUAUCAAUUUUACUAAUUUACUUUUCUUUGGUCUGAAUUACCCUGUUCAAGAAAAAUUUUCUAAUUCUGAUUAAUAAUUUUAGCAUGAAAUUUAAGAUUUAAUAUCAGUAAUUAAUGAUUUGUUUUCACUGUAUAGUCAGAGGGCACAGCAUUGUUAAAAAAAAUCUCCAUUGAAAGCAUAAUAGUAAAGUUAUAACUUGUGUAUUUAUUAAACUCUGUAAAUGAAUCACAAAUCUAUUUUUACACUUACUUGUCUUUUCCAUUAAUUCUAUUUCAUGAAAGUAAUGGUAUAAAUGGUGUUGUCAAAAUGCUGCAAAGUAGCAUGUGAAGAAUGAAAGUUAUUGGAAAUAAUGGAAACUAAAGCAACAAAAAACGCAUUUUUAUUAUUAGACGUCUAAUAUUAUUUUAAAGAUGCUUAUAGAAGUAGCAAUAAAUUUCAAGGAAGAGGCCCUUUCAUCUAGAUAUGAGAAUAUGGAAUGUGGAUAGCAUUUUUUUUUAAAGAAUCGAUAUUUAUGUACAACAGCUAAUAUGCUUCCAGAAUUACAUUUAAUGGUAAUUCUGCCAGUACCUCUCUGUCAGGUUCUCUGCCUACAUUAAAAACUGACAUGUGAUCAAAUUGCUAAAAGUCGCUUCUUGUCUUAUCUUUUAAUAUUUUUAAGUAGUUCAUCUAUCCCUAAAGCAAGCUUUGUUUAACAGUUUGAAACUGUUUUAAAAUUAAUGACAGAUGCUAUCCACUUCUGCAAAUUUAAUGUGUCAUUAUAUUGCAAAUAUUGAAAUAUAAAUUUUUGUUUCUAGAAGAAGAAAUCAUUAUUUUUUAAAGACAAAUACUGAUUCUCAUUUAAAGUUUGAAUAUGUAAAGUUUAAAUCAACAUACCAGUAGUCAUACUUCUUAUUUUCUGCAAUACCCACUUUAAUUCAAAACUAGUAUUUUGCCUUUAAAGAGUUAAUUGAGAAUUUUCCUCUCAGGAAUGAACUCAUGUAACAAAAUCAAUAUCCUAUUAAAGCAACUUUUUUUUUUUUUUUUUUGUUCUUGUUUAGUAUGUAGUAAUAUGAAGUUUAAAAUCUCCCCUUUGGUUCUUAAGUCUAUUAAUGCUAUAUUUCAUUUCAAUUUGAAGAAUGAGAAAUAUAAAAUUUGAGUCCCAUAAACUAUAUUCUUUUAAAUUGAGAAGUAAAUAGAAUAACAGACCUAAGUUCCUGUUUUAUAGACUGACAAAACUAGAGAUUUUCUUCUCUAGAAUGAAAUGAUCCAUUUUUUCUCAAUUACUAAUUCAGAAAAUUGUGAACAAUUACUAUUUCUGAAAACUGUUACUUCAAAUCUGUUUUAUAUAUUUUGUAUUCAUCUUUCACAUGGUGCUGCAGAAACUACAUGCUAGCCACUAUAGUACGUUCACUCUUUAACCAUUUGUUGCCUGUCUCACAUUCUAAAGGGUGCAUUAUAUUUACAUUUUUGUGACUUAAGUAUUAUAAUAACCGUUUAAAAAAAACUGUCAUAUUAAUUUUUAAAAUUACAACAAAUUAAUAACUAUAUAUUUGAAAUUAAACAAUAAAAAAUACUUUUAUGUGUAUGAUUAAGCAUCUCAUUACUUUUCUGAGCUCGGAGUGAUAUUUUAUAUAUUUCUGGCAAUAAUUCUCAAUCAUUUUAUUGGAUGAAAUAUCUUAUUGGUUUUUCUCUGAAAUAUCGUUUUUCUUUCUCUAAAUCGAAAUGAUUCGUGUUUGCCCAGUUGCUAAUUCAAAAAAUUUUAUGGAAUUAUCAUUUCUAAUAGCAAAGCUGUUACUUCAAAUCUGUCCUCGCCAUUCUGAAAAGUGCAUUCAUCAUGUUUACAUCUUUAAAAAUAGUUAUUUAUAGGAGUUGUUUAUGAAGAAACCCCUCACAAAGUUUUUUAGCAUGAUAACUAACUAAUACCUAUAUUUUUCAGCUUCCUAAGCAAUAAAAAGAAUCCUUAUGCUCACAUGUUCAUAAUUAAGUAUGUCAUUACUUUCCGAACGCAAUGUGAUAAUAUUUGAAAUAUAUUUCUUGCAGUAAUCCACGGUCUUUCUUUUGAUAAAGUAUUUUAUUGAUCUUUAACCUGGUAUUUGAUUUAGCUAUUUUUUUUUUUUUUUUUUCUUUUUACACUUUAACAUUAAUUUUUAGAAUUUAUAACCCAUAUUUAUAUUUUCGAGCUUCCUAAGCAAUAAAAGGAAUCCUUGCGCACACACAUGUACAAUGAAGUUUCCUAUUCCGAGUGUUAAGGGUUAAUAUCUGAGUUUCUUAUCCGCUUUUUUUAAUUAAUUGUUUUUUAUUAGAAGCAAUAUCUUACUCAUCUUUCUCUGAAAUAUGGUUUUUCUAGAAUGAAAAGAUUCGUGUUUGUCUAAUUAUUAAUUCAAAAAUAUGUAUGAAAUUCGAAAAGCUGUUACUGAAAUCUGCCUUUGUAGUUUGUAUUCUUUAUCUUGUGUACAUUAUUCUAGAAGUUAUAUACUAGUUUUUAUAGUACUUCCACUCGUUAACCCUUUGCACUUAUGUCUAGCCGUAAAUAACUAGCCUUUUAUAUUUGUCCUCGUCAUUCUGAAGAUUGUGUCAUAUAAUUAGUACAAACGCUGUUUUUUUUAAAUAUAUAUUUAUAAAGCCUCUCACAUUAUUUUUUAGAAUUGUAACUAAUGAUUAUAUUUUUCAGCUUCCUAAGAAAUAAAAGGAGUUCUUAUACUCGCUAAUAGUUAAGAAUGUCAUUACUUUUGCGAGCGCAAAUGGGUAAUUGAAAUAUUGUUGAUGACUAUUCAGUAUGAGCAUCGUAUGUCUUAAACUAAUUUUCGUUGUUACAGUAAGCAUCUAUUGUUUUCAUAUGCUAUGCAGUAAAUUGAGAACUAUUUCCCUAUAGUAUAGAUUUUUUUCAAUGUUUCUUAUUCCAUUUCACAGUAUAUUUCGAACAUGUUUUUCUUUUAAAAAAAGUUCUGUGGAGAUUUUGUCAUUGUAAAACUAUCUUUUAUUACAUUUUAAUGCUGCCUGUAAAGUUUCAUAUUUGUAUUUUAAUAAACACAUUUAAAACUUGUA